AUCGCCGUCGAGUUCUAGCUGGGAAAACAGCACAGAGAGGGGUUAGGCCCCCGCCGCGAAACUAGAGUGUGGAAUCUGUCCAUCUAUCUGGUGUUGCUCGUUGUUCGGGUAACGGAUGGUGCGACUCUCCACCUGCAAGCAAGUCCCGCGCUGGUCUUGUCCUCGGAACAAGUCUUCCCCCAAGUGGCUCAGCGCGCUCAUUUACCUAAUGGACCCCGUGUGGGGCGACGCGGCCAGAGAAGGGGACGGCGACUGGACCAGCGUGGCCAAGGCUGGCUGGCCGGGCGUCUGUCUGUCUGUCCGUGGACCCGGGCGAGUGCAAGAGAGAGAUGAAGGAGGAGGAGGAGGAGACUCUGACACUCCGACUUGAGUGGCCUAUGCUACAGCUUGCUUCCAUCCGCGCUUCGAUUACAAAUUAACCCCGUCCGCCACAAGGAACUUUGGAUGGAACACACAACGGAAACGGGCCAAUGCCAGAUCCACAGAAUCACAGAUCUGAUACGACCAAGAACUUGAAUUUUCCGUUUCGGGAUUUCCUAUUCCUAUUCCUGUUUCGUCACCCGACUGUGAAUAAUUCAUUUUACUCACCUACUUAUAUGUUCUGUAGACUUUCGACUCACCCGUCACUCGCCGGCUUCUGCUAAAAGCCGCAUACAUACCCACCACACUUGCUUUCGUUCCCUUCAGCCCUCCUCCCUGCGAUGUCCACUGCUGCCACUGCCGCUGUCGCCGCCGCAGAGCCUACAGGCGCCACUUCGCCCGCACCUCGACCGCUCACCUCUCCGCAGCUCCUGCCGACCUGUGUCCCACGAGCGGUGUCGGAUCCCGUCUCCGCGACUUCCUCACCUGCGGUUCCGAAUACAGUCACGGCAGUGUCACCGCCAGCCCUUGCUCCACCAUCACCGUCGGCCGCACAGGAUCGGCCGAAUCUGAAGCGCAAGACCCCGCCUUCAGUCUCCCCUGGGCUCGACGCAGAUGCCGACGCCGACGCCGAGGCAGAGGACGACGACGAAGAAGAAGAAGACCGAAAACCACUCAUCCUGGCCCCCGGCUCGCCUGUGCCCUCCUCGCGCCGUGAAUGCAGCAGCGUGAUCUGCAAGGCGUGCGGGGUGGUCGUGCGCAUCGGUGAGAUGUGGGACACGCAUCGUGGUACAUGCGCCGGUACCGCACGGCCUGCCCACUCGCACACGCACUCACACUCAAACCCACAUGCUCACCCGCAACCGUACCCCCACCUCCACCAGCAGCAACACCGCCACCAUCAUCCAGCGCAGUAUGCGCCGCCCCCGCCGCCCCCGCUGCCAGCGGUCGAGACGACGUCCUACACGUCGAUCCUCAGCGGCCUCCCUCCCGCGAAGCGCCGGCGUGCCAAACGCACGGAAGACGAGCGCAUCGCUUACCUGCGCGCCGACACUCAUGUCGCGCAAUUCGAGGCGUACCGCGUGCUAUGCGCGAGCUGCGACAAAUGGAUCCGGCUUCGACCGAACUCGACAUACUGCUCGAUCCCGUGGGACGCGCACCGGAAGAGCUGUCUCGCGAAGAAGAGCCACGCGAAGAACGCACAUGCAUACGCUCUCGACGAGCGGAAUGCGGCAUUCGCCAAGGAUCCCGAUGUGCGCAAGUUCGAUGCUGAGCGGCUGCUAUGUGGAGUAUGUGAUAAGUGGAUCGCUCUCCCCGUCGACGACCAUCUCGGCGCCGUGCAGAUGUGGGUACAACAUCGCGACGGAUGCCGCAAGAGCGUUGGCGCCGGGAUGCGGGGUGUUGGCGUCAUGACCUCGAACGUCAGAGGUAUGGUCGACCGCGACGGUGCCGACGACGAAUGCAAGCCACCUCAGUCACCACCAUCUGCCGCAGCCCGCAGCCGCACGCCACCGGCCUCAUCAACGUCGUCUCGCAAACACCCGUACUCACCGCCCCCUCCGCCGCCGGCGCCCGCCUCGUUCCCUGCCCCGUUGCAUCUCCCGCUGCCUGAUGCACCUCAUGUAGUGCUGGACUUGUCCCCCGCGAACUACGCCGCUCCGCACGAGUCCCGGCGGCGGAAUGCGGAGCAGCGCGCUGCGACCCUGCGUGCAGACGUUCUGAUCAGGGAGGUGGAGCCGAACCGGGUCUUCUGCUCGCUAUGCACCAAGUGGGUGCAGUUGCGUCAAGACAGCAGUUACUGUGCGUAUCCGUGGCUGCAGCACCGCGGCAAGUGUCUUGCGCGAUAGUGCGUAUCCGUCUCCCCAUCCUUACCCACAAUAUGCAUGGUAACCAUUCCACAGCCAACGACGGGCACAGAAAGCUGGCACGGAGGGUGCUAAAUCUAACGGUGGUGCGAGCAAAACCCGCUAUUCGGAGGAAGAGAAGGAAGAAUGCGCCUCUGAGUUGGAUGAUGCGGCUCGCCACGCCCAUCGUCGACGCGGUCCGGCCCCACUGCCAGCCCACCCGCCACGCCAUCUGCCACCCGGCUACAUCUCGGCUCCAGCCCGCGAGUCUGGUGCCCAGGACGGAGACGCCGAUGCCGACGCAGAGGGCGAGGACGUCGAUGCGGACGGGGACUCAUACAUGGAGGAUGAAUCGGCGUCGGCGGUCGCUCCUGGUCGUGCAUACACGGCACCACAGCAGAUACGGCGUCCGCCGGUUCGGGCUUCGCUGGCGGACCUGGACUCUCCAGCAGGACGGCGGCAAUUUAUCUCUAUUUCUAUCGAGUAUCUGUUCCACACUACACACGAAGCCAGCGAUGACCUCAGUAUUUCGGCGCUCCUCGGCUACCUUAACGCGGCUAUGCCCAUCGAUAAGCACGAGGACUUUGAUUUCACCGAAGUAACCCGGGUCGCUACUGCGUUCGUCGCUCGGGAGGGACGGUUUGUGCUCGAAGGCGACCGGCUAAGGAUCCGGGAAUGAUUGUUUCUUGUACUUGCUAUCUCACUUUCGAGGACUACUUAUCUGAUUGCAUCCCACUUUUGUACCUCACUACUCACAUCGUGCUACUUGCUUUCCAUCUGUAUGUACGCAUCAUCUCAAUAACCGACACCAUCUUGACGCACAUCACACAAUACCAGUCUAUGUGCUCUGAUAUUGAAGCGGUGUGCGUGAAAUGUGCAGCUCAUUGAAAUAACGGUCCUUCAUCGCUGAAUCAAGA